UCUUCUACUGUAUAGCAAACAAGAAAUUCAAGAGCUGCAAUGGUUUAGGGUUUUUACAAUAAAUGAUAUAUAUAUAUAUAUAUUUAAUUCAUAAAAUAAAUUUGGAUGAAAAUAAAGCACAAUUCUGGGUUAAUUAAUUCAUAGAUCAUUUUUAAAGAAAUACACACGAUAACGAAAGAAUCUGUAUGACUUUAGGCUAUUUUUCUCAUAUUUGUAUUUUGGUCAAUGGGGUUUCAUUCUUGUAUUGUGAUAAUAAGUGUUUUCGUUUUUUCCCUUUCCUUGACUCUGUACUCUUUAGAUGGGAAGAGUUUCGCGCAAGGUUUCACUUGCCUUUUUAUAACCAACAUCGCGCCUGAAGAUUUUCAGGAUGUAUGACAGGGUAAAUGGGAACGAGGUAAACAAAAUAUAUUAUCGUGUUAUGCACGAGUUUUUAACAUUCUCACGUCUGCUUUGAGCAGUGAAAUCUCUAAAAGAAUUAUUUAUUCCUUCUAAGAGCGAGUUUUGGACAAAGCCUUCUAGUGCCUCAGUUUAUACCAAUUAGUUUAUUAUGAAGCGAGGGGUAAAACAGCCUUUUUCAGGUCUUAUAACUCUGAUUUUAGCACGACCUAUUUCAAACCUUGGAAAUAAUAACAUCUUUGAAUUCUCUUCUUUCACACCGAGCUUCAUUAAUUCUGUUUAUGAAGAUCUCAAGAAACAAAAGCAGACUUCCUGUAUGGAUAUUGGGGGAACUUCAAAAAAAAAUGCUAGUACCGCAGAGCUUUCACACAUAGAAAGUCCGGAGGAUGAUGAAGCUUUCCGAAAGAAACUCGACAAUGAAAUAUACAAUAUCUUUUCUCGUAUUCCACUUCCCAGUGACCCUAUUAAAGUCGCCCUGGCUCACAAUGAGGACGAACUUAAUGAGAAAGCAGAGGCAGAACUGAUUAAGGAGGUUGUACGUGAAGCCUAUCUCCGCAAAAUGGAAGCAAAGAAAGCUGAGGAAUUGCGGCUUAAAUGGGCUGAGAAGCGGCUUGAUGAGAGCAAAUCUGCCAAAGAAUAUUUUAGAUGUAGAACCGAGAAUAGUGAGCAAACUUCUGAGUUGUCAUUUAUACAUCAGCAAACUACUGUUGAUCUGUCAGACACGUGUAGCGAUACGGAAUUAGCGGAUGAGUUGACUAUUCAGCGAAAUAUAGAUGAUAUGGAAGCAAAAAUCAGACUAUUGAAGAAUCGCUUAAAGAGUAGAAAGAGGGGUUAAUUCCAAAGGAAAUAUUAACAAAUUUCUGAGAUCCCUAAAA